AUGGGUGCGCUGGGCCGGCUCCUGCUGGGGCUGCAGCUGUGCGCGCUGACCCGGGCCGCCUACAAAUUCUGGGUCCCCAACACCGGCUUCGAUACUGCCACCAACUGGAACCAGAACCGGACACCGUGCGCCGGGGGCGCUGUCCAGUUCCCUGCAGACAAGAUGGUGUCAGUCCUGGUGCAAGAAAGUCACACCGUCUCGGAUAUGCUGCUGCCGCUGGACGGGGAACUCGUGCUGGCCUCGGGAGCGGGAUUCAGCGCGGCUGCCCCGGGCUCGGACCCGGACUGUGGCUCAGAACCCCCGGCGCUCUUCCGCAACCCCGACCGCUUCUCCUGGGUCGACCCACGCCUGUGGCGCUCGGAGGAGGCGCGCGGCUUCUUCUCCGUGGACGCCGAGCGCGUGCCCUGCAGUCACGACGACGUCGUCUUCCCGCCCGACGGCUCCUUCCGCGUGGGGCUCGGCCCCGGCGCCGACCCCGUGCGCGUCCGCAGCCUCUCGGCUCUGGGCCAGACGUUCACGCGCGACGAGGACCUGGCCGCUUUCUUGGCGUCGCGAUCCGGCCGCCUGCACUUCCACGGGCCAGGCGCGCUGAGCCUGGGCUCCGAGGCCUGCGCCGACCCGUCGGGCUGCGUGUGCGGCACCGCCGAGGCUCUGCCCUGGGUCUGCGCGGCGCUCCUGCAGCCCCUGGGCGGCCGCUGCCCCCAGGCCUCCUGCCACGACGCCCUGCGGCCUGAGGGGCAGUGCUGCGACCUCUGCGGAGCCAUCGUGUCGUUGACCCACAGCUCCGCCUUUGAUCUGCAGCGGUACCGGGCGCGGCUGCUGGACGCCUUCCUGUCACUGCCCCAGUACCGAGGGCUGCAAGUGGCCGUGUCCAGGGUGCCGCGCUGGUCCCGGCUGCGGGAGGCCGACACGGAGAUCCAGGUGGUGCUGGCGGACACUGGACCCGAGACCGGCGGCGCGGGGCGGCUGGCCCGGGCCCUCGUGGCGGACGUGGCGGAGCACGGCGAGGCCCUCGGGGUCCUAUCGGCCGCCCUGCGGGAGUCGGGCGCGCCAGUCGGGGGCGACUCCGCGGCUGAGCAGAACGCGCCCGCGUCCCGCGCGGGGCUCGCAGGCGGCGUGGUGGCCGCGGUGCUGCUGGCGCUGCUGGCGCUGCUGGGGAUCGUGCUGCUGCGCCGCACCGGGAGGCUCAGGUGGAGGAGGCAGGAGGAGGCAGAGCCCGCCCGCGCGGGGGCGCCCUCGGGCUUCAGCAACCCGGUGUUCUUCGUGGCGACCUCGGAGGAGCCGCCCCCAGUGCGGCCUUGCAGUCCGGCCCUGAAGUUGGACGGCAGCACAAGCCACAGCUACUUUGACAACCCGCUCUUCGCUGCCGAGGCUGAGGCCUGA